ACAACUCCAACUACCCUCAACUGUACACUCAACGUAACCCCAACACCCUACCCAUUCGGGUCAUUUUCCCGGGCCCUCGUGGUGAUGAUGCUCCGAGACCACUGCUGUUGUUGCUAUGGAGCUCCAAGCUCCGAUUCAGCAGACAUUGCCGACCGCGACCCAGUUCUGCUUGUGUCGGGUAUCGGUGGUUCAAUCCUCCAUUCCAAGAGGAAGAAAUUCGGGUUCCAAACCCGGGUGUGGGUCCGGAUUUUGUUGGCUGAUUUGGAGUUCAAGAAGAAGAUUUGGUCUAUUUACAAUCCUGAAACAGGGUAUACGGAGCCAUUGGACGACAGUGCUGAGAUAGUUGUGCCUCAAGAUGAUUAUGGGCUUUAUGCCAUUGAUAUUUUGGACCCUUCGAUAUUUGUAAAGUGUCUACAUUUGACCGAUGUGUACCAUUUUCAUGAUAUGAUUGACAUGCUUGUUGGAUGUGGGUAUAAGAAAGGAACAACAUUGUUCGGAUAUGGUUACGAUUUUCGGCAAAGCAAUAGAAUUGGUCAGUUGAUGAAUGGCCUAAAAGAAAGACUGGAGACUGCAUAUAAAGCUUCAGGAGGAAGGAAAGUUAACAUAAUUUCGCACUCAAUGGGUGGAUUGCUAGUGUCGUGUUUUAUAUCUCUAUAUGGUGAUAUCUUUUCCAAGUAUGUAAAUAAGUGGAUCACCAUUGCCACUCCCUUCCAAGGUGCCCCAGGAUGCAUCAACGACUCUAUACUCACUGGAAUGCAGUUUGUUGAGGGUUUUGAAAGCUACUUUUUUGUAUCAAGAUGGUCAAUGCAUCAAUUGCUGGUUGAGUGCCCAUCUGUUUACGAAAUGUUGCCAAACCCGAAUUUCAAUUGGAAGAAGCAACCAGAGAUUCAAGUAUGGCGAAAGCACUCUAAGGAAGGAGAAACUUCUGUUGUAUUGGAAUCCUAUGGCCGUCACGAAUGUGUGACUCUUUUUGAAGAAGCAUUAAAAAACAAUGAGCUAAAGUAUGACGGAAAAACAGUGGCUCUCCCUUUCAACUUGGCGAUUCUUAAAUGGGCUGCUGGUACCCGGGAAGUUCUCGAUGAAACUCAGAUUCCCAAGGGUAUUUCUUUCUACAACAUAUACGGAACAUCUUUCGACACACCUUUUGACGUUUGCUACGGUUCAGAAUCUUCUCCCAUCGACCAGCUAUCUGAGAUAUGUCAUACAACGCCAGAGUACUCCUAUGUAGAUGGUGAUGGAACUGUCCCCUCCGAAUCAGCAAUGGCGGAUAAAUUUGAUGCAGUAGAAAGAGUAGGAGUUGGUGCAAGUCACCGGGGACUGUUAAAGGAUGAGAAUGUAUUUGAGCUUGUGAAGAAGUGGUUAGGAGUUUCUGGAAAGGCGAGGGCGCGCUAUUCCAAGACUUCAAAAGUUAUGGAUGCAUGAUAUGUAAUUCUGAGGAGGGUUGACAGUGUCUGUACAGACAUCUGAAAUAUUCUUGGGAGCUUCUAAGAAUAAAUGGGGUAAUUCCAUCUGAAAACCUCAUGUAUGUCUGUCUGUAUGUAUUCUCAGACAUUUUGGGUUCAUUGUCUAAAUUAAUGGAACCUCAAACUCUUUGCAUUCUAUUUCACUUAAUAGAUUGUCGGGUUUGGACGAC